AUGCCAGGCCACGGAUGUGACAACGGUGGACAGGCCGCUGUCGGCCAGCGCCUGAUGCCUUCCCCGGGUCUGACAGCGGUGAUGUGCGUGUGUCGCACCCAGCAGUCCCCACCUCGCCCUCGCCGAACCCCGCAGCGAGAGGCCGCAUUAUAUAAAUACUUUGGACUGCCCCAGGCAGUGGCCAGUCCCCCCAGGCAGCGGCCAUUCCCCCCACGCAGAGGCCAGUCCCCCCCAGGCAGAGGCCAGUCUGCCCCAGGCAGAGUCCAGUCUGCCCUAGGCAGAGUCCAGUCCCCCGCAGGCAGAGGCCAGUCCCCUGCAGGCAGAGGCCAGUCCCCCGCAGGCAGAGUCCAGUCUGCCCUAGGCAGAGUCCAGUCCCCCGCAGGCAGAGACCAGUCUGCCCUAGGCAGAGUCCAGUCUGCCCUAGGCAGAGUCCAGUCCCCUGCAGGCAGAGGCCAGUCCCCCGCAGGCAGAGGCCAGUCCCCCGCAGGCAGAGGCCAGUCCCCCGCAGGCAGAGGCCAGUCCGCCCUAGGCAGAGUCCAGUCUGCCCUAGUCAAAGUCCAGUCUGCCCUAGUCAGAGGCCAGUCCCCCCAGGCAGAGGCCAGUCCCCCGCAGGCAGAGACCAGUCCCCCGCAGGCAGAGGCCAGUCCACCCCAGGCAGAGACCAGUCCCCCCCAGGCAGAGGCCAGUCCACCCCAGGCAGAGACCAGUCCCCCCCAGGCAGAGGCCAGUCCACCCCAGGCAGAGACCAGUCCCCCGCAGGCAGAGGCCAGUCCACCCCAGGCAGAGACCAGUCCCCCCCAGGCAGAGGCCAGUCCACCCCAGGCAGAGACCAGUCCCCCGCAGGCAGAGGCCAGUCCCCCCCAGGCAGAGACCAGUCCCCCGCAGGCAGAGACCAGUCCCCCGCAGGCAGAGGCCAGUCCGCCCCAGGCAGAGGCCAGUCCCCCGCAGGCAGAGGCCAGUCCCCCGCAGGCAGAGAACAGUCCCCCCAGGCAGAGUCCAGUCUGCCCUAGGCAGAGUCCAGUCCCCCCCAGGCAGAGUCCAGUCCCCCGCAGGCAGAGACCAGUCCCCCCCAGGCAGAGACCAGUCCCCCCCAGGCAGAAGCCAGUUCCCCCGCAGGCAGAGGCCAGUCCGCCCCAGGCAGAGACAAGUCCGCCCCAGGCAGAGACCAGUCCGCACCAGGCAGAGUCCAGUCUGCCCUAG